AUCCACACCAAAAAGAUUGUUGAAAGAUGGCCGCCUUGACUACCGUAGUGGUGGCGGCUACUGCAGAAGCCGGAUCUCGGUCCUUGGCCACGGCACUUCCAACAGUGGGACCAUCGCAGAAUGACAGCUAUUCGGGCAUUCAAGAUGGAGUUCGACCUUUUCACUUACAUAACUGGAAGCAGAAAGCUGAUCAGGCCAAGAAAACUGAAUUCAUACGUACAGCAGAAAAAUUAAAAAAUCAAGUUGCUAAUAUAGAAAAAGAUAAAAAUGGUCAUCUCUUCAACAAAAAAAAUGACUUCCGAAUUGAUUUUAUUGUGUUGGAAGAACUUGAACAUAAACUGGUUAACAGCAGGAAAACAGAAAGAGCUAAAAUCCAACAGCACCUAACAAAAAUACAUAACAAUGUAAGGAGGCUUCAACAGCAGUUAAAAGAUGUAAAAUCUACACCAGAAUUUGUUGAAAAACUGAGAGAAAUGAUGGAAGAAGUUGAAAAUGCAAUCAAUAGUUUUAAAGAAGAGCAGAGACUGAUAUAUGAAGAUCUUAUUAAAGAAGAGAAAAUAACUACUAAUGAACUAAAUGCUUUAGAGAGAAAAAUAGAGACCUGGACCUUGAGUAAUUCAGGAACAGAGAGACCUUUCAAAGUACCAUCAAGCAGAGUUCCUUUGGACAUAGUGAUGCCAAAUAAUCUUCCUGAAGAAGUAGUAGAAUUUGAAAAAUUCCUUCAGCAAACAGGAGGACGACAAGGGGGAUGGGAUGAUUAUGAUCACCAGUAUUUUCUAAAAUUGAGAAGUAAGCAUAAAGGGAAGCCCAGCUACAUGAAAGAAGUUCUAGUGUAUCUGCCUGGAAGGACAGAAGAUGAGGUUCAGCUACAUGAGAAAUGGUAUCAGAAAUUUCUAUCUCUAGAAGAAAGAAAAAAAGAGUCUAUUCAGAAAUGGAAAACAAAGAAGCAGCAAGAAAAAAAAGAAAUGUUGACACUGAAAGAAAAAUCAGAGGAAGUACUUAUGACUCAUGAUCUUCAACAAGAAGAUUCCCCAAAACAAAAAGAGGAGCAGAGAAAGAAACAGAAAUUAGCAAUUGAAGCCUGGAAAAAGCAAAAAAUUAUGGAGCUAUCUAUGAAACAAGCAUCUCAAUUAAAAGAAGAAGAGGAAAAAGAGAAAAAACAACAAAGAGAACAUCAGCGCCAAUUUCAACUAAAAUUACUGCUAGAAAAAUAUACUCAGCAGAAGAAAGAACAGGAAGAACUGUUGAAACUUGAGAAGGAGAUGAAGGAGAAGACCGAAAGGGAAGAAAGAAGAAAAAUGGCUACAAAUGAAAUCACUAGGUUUCAAGAGAGAGAUUCCCGUAAACUUGAAUUAAAAAUUCUGGAGAGAGAAGCAAAGAAGAAGGAAAAGAUAGAAAAAGAAAUUAGAUUGGCAAAAUUAAGAAAAAAGGUUGAAGUUAAUGUUAGUCGGGAUCCAUCCAGGUUGUACAGACUUACCAAAGGAUGGGAAGAACGUACAAAAGAGAGAGGUCCAACAGGUGUAGUGUCUCUUCUGCAUAUACCACAUAGGGCUAUUCCCACCUGGAGAAAAGGAUUAUAGAAGAGAAUUUAACAAAUAAAAAUUGCCAUCCAAUUAAUGUGAAUAUAUUGGUAUAAUCCU